AUGGUGUCUGAUGAACCAACUCUCCCUCUAAGCUUACCUGCCCAUCUCGCCGCUCGCUUUGCCCGGAAGCCAAGUGUAGUCCGACGCUCGGCAGCCUCGUCUCGCCGGAGCUCGAUUUCGUCGCUCCAUUCACAGCACUCGAACGCGCCAUCUCACGGUGCAUCUCCCACUGAUCACAUAGCGCAGCAUCUCCGGCGGACUUCCAUCCUCGAAAGCCGGAAGGCGAGGCUUGCAGAUCGCGCAUUACAUGCUGAAAAGGUGAGAUUGCGUGCCGCCCUCGCAAAAGCUGCUACGCGAAACUUGCAGCGAGAGGAACGUGCCUUGGCUGCUCAGCAAGCCCGCGAACGGUUAUUAGCCGAGAUCACCGCCAAGUGCGAGGAGGAAGUCCGCCGUGCGAAGAAGAAGGCCGAAGACAAUCGAGAAAGAAAAGCUGCUGAACACGCUCGGCUUCGUUUGGAGAUCGCAGAGAAGUUUGCCGAAGCGGAGAAGAGGCGAAUGCUAUAUCAGCAGAGUCACCGGCGCCACCGCAAAGCUAGCCUACCUAUCGCCGAAGAGAAGAAAAUGACUAGAGCCGUAACAAGAUUGCUCACGCAGGAUGCGGCUGCCAAAACAAUUCAAAGAGCGUGGAGGGCAUACUACGCGAGGAUGGUCAUGCGACAGUUCCUGGCUCAUGUCCUGACAAUUGAUCGUAUUGGUAACAUGGUAUUUGAGGAUGUUGGCGCCCUGCUCUCAGAGGAUGAAGUGUUAGAAGCAACUGCUAAAGUUCUCAGACUCUGCGGGCUGCACGACAUGGAGAGUGACACCAUGAGUGGUCGGGGUGCUGUGCGAACCUUUCUCAGCAGCUACCUGAUUGUCACGCACCCUAAAGAGGCUCUAAGCAGUAACGGCGAACAAGAACAGGACUUGAUUGCCAAAGCUCGGGAGCUUCUGAUGGCGUUCGAGCAAGUCACGCCGCUACUAUCCUCCGACUGCUGCUCACCACAGUCCAUCUCGACGGAGCUCCAGGCCCUGUGUGAGGCAUAUAAUGUAUUUUUCUCUGCAUUCCACGCAUGGAAAACGCAUGACUCUAGCGUUUUGAUAGAGAUCAUGCUGGCCCAGUUUAUCGAGCUGGAGCUGAUCUGGCAGACGGUCAAAAAUGACCGCACUGGUGGUGUGGCCGACGAUUAUCAUCAAGGUAUCAGACAGAACCAAAUUCUCCUCCUUGCCAGGCUCAAGCGCCUGGCGGGGUCCGACAAAGCGAUGCAGAUGGUGCGUGAUGCCCUGAAAAAGGCUAAGCGUGAGAAGAAGCGUAUCACUCUCAAGCAGGCUAUCCCACGUUCGGCGGAAGUCGCGCGCUCCUCGACUGAAGCUCUCACUGAGAGUGUUGCAUCGCCUAUCAGUGAAACUUUUAGCAAUGUGGACAAUGGAAUCCUUCAUGAACUAGAAAAGCAACGCGUAUCUCCGCAUGAACGGUUCACUCGGAUCCUUACUGCACUCCCGGAAAACCGGUCGCUGGUACAUGAGCUCCUUAUCAAUAAGGAGUUCAAGAUUGACGAGAAUGAGUAUACGGAACCCCGCAAACGGAUCAUGCGGCAUAUGUGUGAAAUGAUGCGAAGAGAUGUGGAUGCCGGCAUGGGGGCGAACUGGACAGUGGCCAUGGCCACUGUGAUCCAGGAUCGAUUACUGCGCUCGCUUCGGCCUGGGAACUCACUUUACGUGCUUAUUAGUGAAGUGCUUGAUCCCAAGUUGAUCGAGACUCAAUGCAAAGCCGGCGCUUUUUCCUACGGCAGUUUCUUCGAGUUCAUGAACACGAUUCUGCCAAGGCUCUGCGCUCCUUAUCGGGAUCCCGUGGUCAAAGACUUUGUUGAGGAUACGUCGGGGGACGCAAUUGAUCGCCUAGCAAGACUUAUGGGGAUCAUUGAUCUCCUUUCUCUUGACCACACGAAUUUCAUGAUCCAGGUGGCGGCUCCGCAACUCAUCCAGGAGGCACCCGGAUAUGAGCAGAGAACCUUCACAAAGGCCCUUCAGGAUGGGUCGCUGGGCUUGGGGAAGAGUCGGCUCUUCUGGCGGACGUACCGAAAGGUUCUCGCGGAUGAGAUGAGAAAGCGAGAUCCAGAAAACGCCAACGGUGAGCCGCAGCCGCCAGCAGCAAAGGUCUACGCACAGGGACUCGUAGAUCUUGUGCUGAGCAAUGCAGCAGUCUCUGACGACUUGAUCCCCGAAACACUUGAAUUAGAUCGGCAGCGUCUCGGGCGGCUGCAUGCACAUGCAUUCAGGAUCGUUGCUACGGCGUCCAUUCUCUUGACUGCCAAGAAUCUUCUCAAGCGGGAUGUGAGGUCCCAGUGGAAGGCUGAAGCGGACCGAAUCCUAUCGUUGGACUUCAACGAGAUCCAGCCCGAUCGAGUCCAGUCAAUCCUAGAAUCUACACACCCAAUGCCACCCAGCGCUAGCGCCCAAUUGGCGGCGACCAUCCGACGAGUCUUAGCACCAGUGGGCACGGCCUGCGCUACAGCUUCUCAUGCAGGGACGACCUUGACAGCGCUUGAGAUUCAAACGGACGCACCCAAUGCGCCACCGUCAUCCCUCUGUUCCGCGUCGGAACCCGCAAAUUCUGCCGGCUCUAGCGGGGAUGGCAGAAGUGCCACCGGCUUUACAGAUCCCGUCGCACGGUUGAUCCUAGCGCGCCUACGGGCUCACGUUCUCUCCCGCCUGAGUGCGUCGAGCGCCAGCGAAAGGGUGCGAGCAACCAGCACUGCUAGCCAAAGCCUGGCUGGGGCGGGCAUGCCUGAAUUUGUCACGGAAGUUGGGCAAUUGACAGACGAACUGGAUAAGAUUCGCGAGGUGGACUGGGUUUGCCAUGGCAUGUUUUACGACCAGAUCCUCGCCGAGAGGCUCUGCUCUGUGCCUGAGGCAUGA